UGACAAUGAAGACAUGCCGUGGAUGCAUUUGUACAGGGAAGCAGACGUGCAGAUAAAAGGCGGGGUAGGUCGCAUCGUUAUCUCCAUCUCAACGAUCCCUCUUCUUCCGCACUUUAUCUGAUCAAAAUGCUCUCUAAGACAUUGCUCAGUGUUGGCGCUCUGCUCGCUCAGGCGCAAGCAGAAACUGUUUUGGGUGUGACUGUCUUCAGCCGUCAUGGUGACCGUACCUCGAAACAUUACAAAGGUUACACAUUGACGAAUUUGGGCGUGCAACAAAACUUCCGAGUCGGAAGUGACUAUCGCGACACAUAUAUCUCGUCGGACUCAUCUAAGCAGAUCCUGGGCAUCUCCGAGGAUAAAGUUGUAAAUUCUCAGAUCUUUGCAACUGCCCCUGAUCAGACUGUACUCCUCAACACAGCGAGUGCUUUCCUCCAGGGAUUGUACCCACCUCUAGGCGACAUCAAUCCCCAGAUCUCCACCCAGACCCUCAACAAUGGAACCAACUACACCAACCCUUUGAACGGCUACCAGUACGUUGUGCUUCAUGGUGAGGAUGAUGAAUCUCCUGAUACGAUCUGGCUGAAGGGUGACGAGGAGUGCCCUGCUGUCACCAAAUCCAUGAAGGCUUUCAAGCAGAGUACCGAAUUCAAGGAGCGAGACGCCGCCACCAAAACCUUCUAUGAAGGGUUCUGGGACAUCAUGCAGAGUGUCUACGACUAUAAGCAAGAGAAUCUCACCUAUGCAAACGCAUACGACAUUUUCGAUCUCAUAAACGUAGCCAACAUCCACAACGAGACCUCUGCAGGCAACGUCACCGAGGAAGAGCUGUUCCAGCUACGAACUCUUGCCGACAGCAACGAAUUCGGCCUGGCCUACAACAGAACCGACCCUGCACGCUCCAUCGGAGCGCAGACAUUAGCUGGUGCCGUCGUGAACCAGCUGAACGAGACCGUGUCCGGCAAGGGCAAGCUCAAGUUCUCCUUCAUGGCCGGUAGCUACGACACCUUCCUUGCUUUCUUCGGUCUUACGAACCUGACGUCCGUCUCUCCGGACUUCUUCGGUCUGCCCGACUAUGCAUCCACCAUGAGCUUCGAGGUCUUCACAACCGAGAAUGUAACCGCAUUCCCCUCCAACACAGACGAUUUGAGGGUCAGGUUCUUGUUCCGCAACGGCUCUGACGCUGGCGAGCCAAUGCGAGCGUACCCACUCUUCGGAAAGUCGGAGGAUUCCCUGUCUUGGUCCGACUUCCUCUCCUCUAUGGAGGGCGUCGCCAUCAGGACUCCCCAGCAGUGGUGCAGCACCUGCCAGAGCGACCUGCUCUUCUGCCAGGCAUACAGCGCGGAAUCCAACGGUGCCCAAACUAGCAACGAGAAGAAGUCCAGCGCUGGUAUGUCUAACGCUGUUGCUGGUGUCAUUGGUGCCAUGGUUACAUUGGGUGUCGUCGCUAUUGCCGGAGCUGCAGCCUUCUUGAUCAUGCGACGUCGUCGGGCGUCUCCAGCAGUUGCACCCGUGACAUCCACGACUGAAGGUAAAGGAAGCCAUCGCAGUGAUAGCGAAAGCGCUUGAAGACACACAUGUAAAUGGCUGAGGCCUGCAUUUGAGAUGCCGGAUCGAGGUUCUUUACGUUUCUAUCACAACUCAUGAGAUAGUUGGAAUUAAUGAUAUUAUAU